GCGCCGCAGCGGACCUCGGUCCUGCUAAGGGCAGAGAACAAAAGUCCAGAUCAGACGGUGUGCUCGGGCGUGCACUGCCGUGGCCAGUAGAACGACGAUGGACGCGCCACUCCCUCACUUCACAAUAGACUACUCGCUGUCAAGCUACAGUAGGCCACCCAUCAAGUCAGCGUCGACGUCCUCGUUCGGCUCACUCACUCAAUCGCUGUCGAGCAACAAUAUUGACCAGCCUACUGACAGCCGGCUUGCGAGCCACGCCACGCUCACACCUCCCGCUUUGACGCGUUCCACGUCGAGCUCGAGUGACUCGAGCGCAGCUUCGUAUGCUUCUCUGUCAGAUUCCGUCAUCUCGGCACGACCGAGCAUCGCACUGAGAAAGAGCAGCUCCUCUCUGCGGUCUAGCGAGACGUGUGAAGAUCAGACCGUCGAAGAGAUAGUAGCAAUCAAGCCAGCGCGACCCAUCCUCACGCUCACCAUGCCCGUCGCCUCUGGUCUGCCUGGCCCGACCAUACCCGUGCAAAUAUUCGACUCGCCAGAGCUACUGGCUGAUGAUCUUUCGCGGCCACGAAGGAGUGCAAAAGGACAAAGGCGGAUUUCAAAGUGGAGUCCUGACUCGUUGCCGUCACCUGGCUCUGCUUCUUCCGGUUUACUGUCGCCCGAAAUACGCAGAUCAGUGCGGCCGCCGUCUCCAAAGACUAGCACGAGUCCGAAAUCAUACGCGAGCUCGCCCACCAGCUCAGACAGCACACACUCUCUUGACGCCGAAUUUCUGUCUGAUGCGCGAGCUGCGGCAAAUCCGACAACAGAGGAAACAAGUGGGCGGCCUCUGUCUACUUUGUCGAGUGGAUCCUUCGUCUCCGCACAAUCCGAUGUCUCACAUUCAGGUCUGAGCUCGUCUGUGCCGCACGAGCUGGAGCACGCCUUCGACAGCCCGGCGACUGUACGAGCUCCCACUAGCUUCAGGCGAAGUGAGUCGGCUCCCCAGGUCUCGCUCAAGCAGAUCGAGGCUCGACCAGCGCCGCUCCAGCUACAAAGCACGCCCUUCGUCGUGACAGAGGAGUCUCCCAUCGAGCCGCCCUCGCCCACCGUCACAGUCAGACAGCCCAAGUCGAUACUGAAAGCAAAAAGUCUUGGUAAUCUGCGCGCCAAGCCAGCAAAGGCACUCCCAAAAAUACCUCUGCAUCAGCCGUCUCAUGUCGAGAUCACGCCUCGUACGAGUAAAUGGACUCUGCGCAGCAAGCCAUCAACCGCCUUCAGCUUAUCUUCAGCGCGCUCGACAUCGCCAAAGCACGACUCUGAGUCUAUAGCUUCUUUGGCUUUGCAGACCAGCAGUCCUCUGCCGGAACCACGAACAGCACCACUGCCCACUCACAUAAGGCGUACACCCUCGCCACCACACUCGCAGUCCAUCGCAGAUGCUCUGCCAUCUCCCGUCGUGCAAGAUCAAGCGGUGGAAAGCCUCGCACGCGUGCACGAUCCCUAUGCGACGGAGAGACCACUCGAUAGAGCCAAUAGAAUGUCGGUUAUGCCAGACAUGACCGCACUUGGGACGGACGAGAGGCCUGCGCCCGGAAGCUUUCCUUCAUUUUAUGCUGCUCUGCCUGGACCUUCCACGAGCCCGCCCGUUUCGCCGUCGUCGUCAGAAAGGCGGCCGUUCGCCUUGCCUUCGCUCGGCUCUCGUCGGUCAAUAGCAGCAAAGCAAUCACUACCGAACUUGUCCAGCUUCACAGACAGAACCAGUCAGAUGUCAUCUGGUCGCGCCAAGCCGUUGCCAGACAAGUUCGCGCUCCCCAACGUGCUCGACCUUACGGAUCCUUGGGGCGCAUCCUUCAACAAUGUAUCUGCUUUUGACGCGGCAAUUGUCUAUGCGCCAGAUCCAAUGGCGAUGCAUUACAGAGCGUCAGCUUUGUACUCGAAUAGCAAUCCCGCAGCAGCGACCAGGUCGAGUGUACACCACGGCAGUCCUUCCUCUCUGCCCGCUAGCUUGUCCUCGCAAGGCAGCCGGCCCUUCAGAGCGAGCGGGCUCACACAAUCCUCAGCAAGUCUCAGCACAGCCUCCGACGGCGGUCAAAGAUCACGUCCAGGCGUCAUCAGACGGGAUAGCAGUCCUCUGGCAAACUCUGCAACACUACCGCCAGGUGCUCGACGAACAGCACCACCGCCGCCGCGGCCCAUCACGUUAUUCAUAGAUGGCGAGGACGAGGAUGCAAGCGCGUCUGUGAAGUCGUCGACAAUGAAGCAAAAGUUCAGGCGUACGCUUCUUUCUCGCAAGCCGCCACGCGACCUGCAAGCUGCUCAAGAGCAGAGCGUCUCUGUCGAUAGCGACCUUAGCACAACAAUUGCUGCCACCUCGUUCUCGCCCAGCAUCAGUUCUACAGCCAUCGCGUCUACCAAUUCGAUCGAUGCUGCAUCGACAAGAUCGACUCCAAAGACGCUCGGCAAAUUGGCCCCUAGGCGGUUCAGGCUAUUCAGUCAGCGUCAGCCAAAAGAAGUACCAGUCAGUACGAGUCAGUCCGCAGCAGUGCAAUCGUAG